AUGAGCGAGCGCCCGAGCUCCGGGCACAAGCGUGCACCGUCUGAUGGAUCAGACAGGCUGCACCCGCACGACCAGCGUUCCCGCCCCUCAAGCAGGCCAACGAGCAGGCACGGCCCCAUCAAGCGUUCGCCGCCGGGCACCGUCUCCCCGGGCUCGAGCCACGGCGAGGGCUCCCGCGGCCCGACUUGGAAGACCGAGUCGCACAGCCAGUCGGCGUCCGGUCCGCGCGGCGACAGCGGCAGCCCGAACAUGUCCGCCGACGAUGGACAGAGCCCCCGCCCCGUCACGCCCGGCACUGGCAUGACGGUGAACAGGAACCAGCCGGCCUUCAUCUCCAAGCUGUACGCCAUGCUCCAGGACCAGAAGUACGCGGACGCCAACCUGAUCUACUGGGCUCCGGACGGGCGUUCGUUCAUCUGCCCGAACCCGAUCGAGUUUGCGCGCGACGUGCUGCCCAACUUUUACAAGACGAACAACUUCCAGUCCUUUGUCCGCCAGCUCAACAUGUACUCGUUCAACAAGGUCAGCGACCUGUGCAGUGCGACGCAGUCUGACCCGUCGGCGUGGGAGUUCCGCCACCCGCUGUUCUGCCGCGACGAGCCGGAGAAGAUCCACCUCAUCCAGCGCAAGGCUGGCGGCCGCUCUGCAGACAGGAGGCAGCAGCACGCCGCUGGAUCCCCAGACGAGCGGCCCAGUACCGCCAAUCUCAUGUUCAACAGCCCCCAGCGCCCCAGCAGCAGCAGGCACGGCUCCGCCCCCCGCCUGCCCCAGGAGGCGAUGUAUCCCAGGUACGAGCGGUACGAGCGCGAGCCGCAGACGACGUACUGGAACCACCAGCCGGCCGCGCCGUCAACGGAGGGCGACGUGGCGGCGCUCGAGCGCGAGCUGCAAUACAUGGGCGCGCGCCUGCAGGCGGAGCGGCACGAGAGUGCGCGCCACUCGCUGGAGCUGCACGGCCACCUCCUUCGGAUGACGGACAUGGUGGCGGACCUGAGCGCAAACGACACGCACAUGAACCGGGAGGAGCUGUUCGGCUUCCGCGCAGAUGUGAUGGAGCGCUACAAGCCAGGUAGCCGACGGCCAGCGGUAUUACGAGCAGCACCCGGGCCACCCGCCACCGGCGCCGACGCACACGCAGCAUCCGCCCAGCAGCUCCCACUCCAACUCGAGCUACCACGACAGGUGCCGCGCGCACCGCCCCCGCACCCCUGGGAGCGCGAUGCGAGGUACGAGCGCUACUACGACGAUGAGUACUACCGCCGGCGCGGCGCGAGGGAUGUGCGCGACCCGCGCGACGCCCGUGAUCCUCGUGACCCCCGCGAUCCCCGUGACCCCCGCGACCUCCGCGAUCCAAGGGACGUCCGCGACGACCGCUUCGACGAGCGCGCCGUGCCCGAGCAGCCGGCGUCGCUGCGCAACAUCCUCCACUAG